CAGUCAUCACAUGGCUACCCACAUUUCUAAAAAAAUAUAUAUAUGUUUAUACAUAAAAUAUUCGCAUGUGUCAAAAAUAUUUUAAAAAAGCAUAAUCAGUUCUUGUUUACUCAGUGAGAGAGCUUAAUUUAAUAUUUUGUAUAUGGUCAGUUCAAUUUAAAUAUUGGCAAUAAGAAAAAUGUGGAGAAAUAGGCCAACGGAAGCUUCCUUCCAGCAACCGACCGGGGAAAAUGGAAUCUGAAAGCUCACUUAUAUAAACCUCACUCGUCAGUCCAUCGGCACAGAUCUCAGUUUGAAAGAAAAGAGCUAGCUUCCAUUUACAGCCCAAAAAGAAAGAAAGAAAGAAAGAAAGAAAGGAAAAAUGUGUACUCUGCAGAUUGAUGAAGCCGCCUUCUCUCUCUUCUUCGAAGACGGUCCUUUCUCCGCACUGGAAUCCAUCCGCAAGCACCUCCUCGACGACGACGAGCCGCCGACGACAGAGCCGGCUGCAGAUAGCUAUACGGCGCCGUCGCCUGUCGGGACAGAGAGCUUUCUAAGCAGUCUAAUCUCGGCCGCUGAUUGGACCGAUAUUUUGUCGGAAACGGUAGAUACGGCGCCGUUGCCAGCGGCCGUACUGCCGAAGAAGGCGCAUUACAAGGGAGUGAGGAGACGGCCGUGGGGAAAGUACGCGGCUGAGAUUAGGGAUCCGAAGAAGAACGGCUCCAGGAUCUGGCUCGGAACUUACGAGACUCCGCAGGAUGCGGCGCUGGCUUACGACCGAGCCGCUUUCCGGAUGCGCGGCUCCAAGGCCAAGCUCAACUUCCCACAUCUGGUCGGAUCAUCAGCCGAUUACGAGCCGGUUAGGGUGACCAAUAGUAAGAAGCGCGUCUCCGCAGAGCCUUGCACGACGUCGUUUUCGUCGUCGUCGUCCUCCUCCUCGCCGUUGUUGUCGUUCUCGGGAGCGGAAACGGAAACGGAAUCACCAAGGGGGAAGAAAAGUAAGAUGAGCAUGAUCGAGUCGUACCUGCAACUGGAAGCUGGGUGGGAUUUUGACCUGCUCGGAUAGUCAAAUGCCAUUUGGCAGCGGAUUAUUGGUUGAACAAUAUUCUACAAUGUAAAUUUUAGGGUUCGCCAUUUUUUUUUUGCUUUUUCAAAUUGGAGUUGAAAUGUGUAAUAUAGAAUGUUUGGACCUCCAACUGACGGCCGUAGACAUAUAAAAUGCCAAGGGAGAAAGAGAUCAUAGAACAAAGCCCACGUGGCGUCCGCGUCUCUAGUCUCUCUACCUGUGUUCAUGAUAAUAAUACUCUUAUCGUAUA